UCGAUGUUGUCUUGCUGCCAGCGCAGCCUCCGGUCAGACAGCACACGCAGGGACGUAGCUGCGCCUCCGCCUCUUCUCGGGCAUUGGACGGACUCGAGUGCCAAAGAGUCCUGGAGACCUCGGCCAUCAAGGUGCCUCCUCCUAUUGGCUACUCCACAGCUGAGACAGCGCUGGGCCAGCCAAUCCAAUGAAAGGACCUCUCUACCUGACUAUUCCUGCGAUCCGCCAUCAGUGAUGACUUUACCUUAGGCUAUGGCAGCACCAUGCAGCGGGGUGGACGGUAGGGCCACCCAGAGUGUGGACAACAUCUACACUGAGGCUCAGCUGGCGUCCUGUAAUUCCAUGGAUAACUUAAUGAAUACACAGGCAUCUGCGACAGGUGCCAACACAUCAGAGUUACCUGAAAUUGGCGAGGCUCAGAUCGAUGAUUUUCUUGGGCCCAACCAGACCUACAAUGAGGAAGAAGAAGAGCGGAAAUAUUUUCGAAGAAAAAGGCUGGCAGUGAUCAAAAAUGUCCUUUCUGCCAGCAUUGGGGGCAUGCUGAUUUAUGGGGUUUACCUGGGGCUCCUACAGAUGCAGCUGAUAUUACACUAUGAUGAAACAUACCGAGAAGUGAAAUAUGGAAACCUCGGUCUUCAGGACAUUGACGACAAGAUGCUGAUGGGCAUUAAUGUCACCCCUGUAGUGGCUCUGCUCUACACACCGGUUCUUAUCAGGUUUCUGGGCACAAAAUGGAUGAUGUUCUUGGCUGCUGGCAUCUAUGCAUUGUUUGUCUCCACCAACUACUGGGAGCGUUACUACACACUUGUUCCAUCAGCAGUUGCCAUUGGUGUUGCUAUAGUCCCAUUCUGGGCAUCAAUGGGCAAUUAUAUCACCAGAAUGGCCCAGAAGUAUUAUGAAUUUGUCAACUAUAAGCAAGAAAAUGUUCAAGAACAAAGGCCGUUGCCCAAGGGUGCAUGCCAUCGUUACAUUAUCAUUUUUAACUCUGUCUUCUACUUCUUUUUUCAUCUCAGCUUUGUGUGUGCAGAAAUGCCCAUGGUCUUCUUCCUGAAGUCCUACCUCAGCAAUGGGAAUCAUACCCUUUUCAAUGUUAAAGAUUGUGGUGCCAACAGUAAAGGAAUGAUUGAAGGACUGAACAAGACCAUCUUAUCCAGCCUGCCUCGCAGCAUUAGUCUGAUUGAGGUGGAAAGUGUGCUGAUGGGAGUGGCCUUCAUCUCGAUGUUGAUGAUAUUGAUUCUGUGUGGUUCAGCCUAUCAGCCCACGGAGGAGAUCGACCUCCGCAGCAUCGGCUGGGGGAAUAUUUUUCAGCUGCCAUUUAAACACAUGCGAGAUUACCGCCUGCGGCACCUUUUCCCCUUUUUCAUCUACAGCGGAUUUGAAGUUCUCUUUGCCUGCACUGGAUUUGCCUUGGGCUAUGGGGUCUGCGUUCUGGGCCUGGAGUCAUUUUCCAAUAUCAUCAUCACCUUUGGAUUGUCCGCCGCCAUCUUUUCAUUGCUGUCUGUUUCUCUGCUGCAUCUCCGCCGCCAAGUGAUUCUCCUGAGUGGGGCCUUGGUGCACGUCAUACUGAUCGUCAUUCUCUUCAUCUGGUCACCGUCUCGUGGGAAGGCAUUAAAUGAGCCAUUUAUCCUCAUCUUGGCGGCUCUGUGGGGUCUUGGAAGUGCACUGAACAAGACUGGACUGAGCACUCUUCUUGGGAUGCUGUAUGAAGAUAAAGAACGGCAAGACUUCAUAUUCACCAUUUACCACUGGUGGCAAGCCAUGGCGAUCUUUGUGGUGUACCUUUGGGCUGGACUACCAAUGAAGGCAAAGUUGUCCAUCAUGCUGGUGACGUUGAUAAUCUCCUCGCUUUCCUACUGGUGGAUGGAGCGUCGCCUGGCACAGAGAGAUCCUUUCCGCAUUCCCCGCAUCCCUCGGCCAAAGCACAAGGUCAAAGGUUAUCGGUACAUGGAGGAAGAAAACUCAGAUGAAUCGGACUCGGAGAAAGAUGGAGAGAAGGAAGGAGACGAUGGUGACACCAGUUCAUUUGUGGGUGGAGAAGAAGGCGGAGGAGGCCUCGAAGGACAAGAUGGCCACGGCCACAAACGCAGGAGAGUCGCCGCUUAUGAGCAGGCCCAGGAGACCGAGGAGCAAGAGGAGCCCGCCGUGGCCUAACCUGAAUUUGACUGCACCCGAUACCUUUCAGGCUCCAUGUCGAAUCUUCAAAAUGAUGACUUAACCCUUGUCUCUGUUUGGACCAGGCAAGCCAACUGGUCCAAAAGAAAAUGCUUGAAUGCAAACUUAUUUUAAUUUUGAUGAUACAUGACUGUACCUUAUAUUAUGAAGAAUUUUGCAUCUGAAGGUUUUGUAUUUUUUUUUUUUUUGUUGUUAAAGAAAUCGGGUAUAAAGGUAACAUGGAAAGAGGUAAACAAACACUGCUGGUUUCGCUUUGCAUCUAACGAUCAUUGAAGUUGUUUUCUCGUCUUCACGAAUCUGUGACAGUGGGGAGUCGAUGAAUUCCUUCAUGCUAUGGAAGACAUCGGGCCCACCUAGGCAGUUCCACUGGUGCUGCUUGUCAUUGCAGCUCACCAGACUUUGGGAUGAACGCCAAUUCUUGUCAUUGUCUUUCGUGGAGAGGACACUUGGCUGCCAGUUGUUCAGGUCGGAUCUUUUCGUUAUGUCGCCAAAUAGACUCCUGCUGGCCAUUAGGACCAAAUUAAAUGGGUAGAAUUUGUCAGUGCCAUGUUGGGUGGUCUCCUUCUAACCAGAAGGUUUUUAUGCUCUCUCUUUCUCUCUUUUGUUAAUUUUUUUAAGAAAAAUUCAAUUAAAUUUCCUGGUGAGAUAGGUGAAGGGGUGUGGGGGGUGGGGGUGAUUGACAUAUUUCUGUAAAAUCUGUUUCUUUCAGGUAAGCACAAGCUGCUAAUACAUUAAUUUUCUUCUAGAUAAUACACUCUAUGAGCCUUUUCAGUCUGGCUUUCGAACACAGCACAGCACUGAGACAGCUCUACUCAGAGUAGUCAAUGAUCUUUUCCAGUCUGCAUAUUGCGGUUUCCUUAAUAUUCUCCUCCUUCUUGACUUAAGUACAGCGUUUGACCCUGUUAAUCAUGAAAUCCUCCUGUCACAUCUCUCUGCUGUAGGCAUCUCUCGCUUAGCCCUUCAAUGGCUCACAUCAUAGGCAACAGCUUGUCACACUUGGCCGAUAUAAAUCCUCCACCUCACCUGUGUCGCAUGGUGUACUUUUUCUACUUUAUAUCCUUCCUUUGGGUCAGAUUAUUCGCAGACAUGGCCUUAACUUCCACCGUUAUGCAGACGAUAUACAGAUAUAUCUUAGUACAGACUCCACUACAGAUACACCUCCCUGCACACUUGCUGACUGCAUCACUGAUCUUAAGCUAUGGAUGGAAAAUAACUUUCUCAAACUUAAUG